UGACGUUUAAGGAAGUGGCCCAUGCAUGUGUUUGUGUGUGUAUGAAGUGAGCACAUGAUCAGUGUUUGGAGAGAGAGAGGUAACGUUAGAAGAGGAGCGGUAUGUUACACUCCAGUUUAUUAGAGCUAUUAGAGGGAUCUGAUCCAACACAAAUCAACAUCAGUACAGUACCAGUCCUAGAGAGGAGUGAGCUCCAGCCCGGCAGGAGAGGAGGAGGAGGAGGAGAGGGAGCGGAGGAGGCAGACUGCCCGUUCAGAUUCAGCCCUCACUCCCUGCACCUACACACAGAUAAUGAGCUUUUUGAAGAUGGCGACGUGCACCGGCAUUUAUACCUGCAGGAUCUGGUAACGACUCUGCAGGCAACAGACGAGCCCCAAGCGCCUCAUGUUUCAGAGUUUCGAUGUCACAUCACAAGCUGUAAGCAGUUAUUUGACACUCUUGAGGGAUAUGAGCACCACUACAACUCACUCCACCGCCACGUGUGCUCCAACUGCAAGCGAUCCUUCCCAUCCAACCACCUGCUGGACAUACACAUCCAGGAGUGGCAUGACUCCCUCUUUCAGGUCAUGGCAGAGAAACAGUGCAUGUAUCGGUGCUUGGUUGAGGGUUGUGGACUGAAGUUCCAAACCAGCAAAGAGAGGAAAGAUCAUCUGAUCAGAGUUCACAGCUACCCUUCAGACUUCAGAUUCGACAGAUCAAAGAAGAUAAAAAGCAAAACAAAAGAGAAGAGGACUCCUCAGCAGAGAGAAGACUGUAUGGCUGUCUCCAGUUUAGAAGUUAGUCAACACAGAGAAACUGAGAAUUGUGAGGAAAUGGACAUUUCGCUGCCCCAAGAGUCAGAGAAGCCAGAGCUCGUACCCUCUCAACAGCCAAAGCCACGUUACUCAUACAGGGUGCCUUCAUCAAUUUGCUUCGGUCAAGGCUCAGUCAGAGGCUUCAGAGGUGGAAGAAAGAAGAAGUAGGCCAAAACCUUUAUUUAAUAGAUAAACAGAGAUUGAUGUUUCUUAUAUGGUUCUGUGUUGGUGCUAUAGCAUCUGUACAAUGUGCUUUUUGGAUAUUAAAUAUUAAGUAUUUUUUACAAUAAAAUUGGCCAUAAAAUAUUGUA